AUAGAUUGUAAACGAGGCUUGAUGGCCUAAAUGGUGUUGUGGUGAUGUGGUUCGCGUGUAAAUUUAUAUGGAGAAUGAUUGGUUUUCAGAAAAAUCUGAAGUCAUAAUAACUCAUGAGAAUUGACCCCAAACAAUGAUUUGUUAAAGGUGAACAAAGACCCCAUCAAUGGUUUUAAAAUGUCCGAUCAGGCAAGGGACAACACAGCUGACAGUGAGCAAGAGAAGCAACUCUCACACCAAGCAUUGAAUGAAUUCAAGAAUUCAAAAUUUGAUGAAUGUCUUGGGUUUCUCAAAAAGCUUGGUGAACUGAGGCCAAAUGAUUCCAGAAUUUUGUUAAACAAAGCUAUCACAGAAUUCUAUCAGUCAAACUGUUGUAAGACAGAUGAGUUGAGGAAACAAAUAGGAGUUGUAAAAAAGCAGCUAUCUCAAGCAGCUGGAGGUACAAGUGAUGAGUUGGAGAACCUAUCACUGUGUUUCCUUUUGUACAAUGAGGGAAUAAUUCACUACCAUCUCAAACAGCCAAAGACUGCAAUUAAUAUAAUUGAGAAACUAUUCAAAAUUAUAGAACCUUUAGAUGACCAUCUUGCUGUGAAAGUCUGCUUUUUUCUUGUUGAAUUGUAUCUUUCAACAUUCAAGACUGAUCAAGCAAAUGGGAUGCUGAAGUAUAUAGAAGAUGUAUUGUUUGCUCCAAAAACCUUCAGUCAUCUUCAGUCAAAUGACAACAAACAGCAAGGUGAUAAUGAGAACAGCCAGUCAGUUUCUCAGUCUACAACCAGCAAAGAAAUGCCAGAGGAGUUCAAAAUGCAUAUAUAUAUGGCAAAGGCAAAAAUGUAUUUAAUUAGAAAGGCUUUGAAAGAAUGUAAACGUGAGAUCAAAUCUGUUCUAAACAUGAACGCAAAUAACUCAGAUGCAUUGUUUCUGAAAAGCAAUUACGAAUAUACUCGAGAAAACUACCCCAAGGCGAUCAAAUUACUUAACAGUGUGCCAUUGCAGACAAUAGUGGCAAUGCGAGGACAAUCUCUUGUCACCCUUUACUACAACAAUAUGAGUUGUAUUCAUUUCAAAUUGGGGAAAUACAACCUUGGCAUAUUCUACGCCCGAAAAGCGUUGGAGGAAAAUAUAUUAGCAAUGAGGAGUCUACCAUCAAUUGAAAAAAAUCAUCAGUUAUCUGGACGGCCUCUGCAGACAUUAGCCAUGAACAAGAGAAGUGAGAUUAUGUACAACAUGGGCGUUCAACUGUUAUUUGCAGGUAGACCUGUGGCUGCAUUCGAUUGCUUCAUGGAAUCAAAUGAUCUAUUCGAGUGUCACCCAAGGUUCUGGCUCAGACUGGCUGAGUCUUGCAUCAUGGUCCAUCAGCAGUUUCAAAGGGACAUUAUCAGAAGUCCGGUCAAGAAAAGCAGCUAUGUUCGCGGCGUGAUAGGAGCUGGCACACACAGGAAGAUAGUCUUAUCCCCUGUUCACGACGUAAACAAAAUUCAUAGACACGAAAGUCAGUCUUCAGCGAUGCCAGCUCCAACAAUAGAAUUCGGAAGCAUUUGUUUAUCUAAUGCGAUGAAACUGCUGCCAAAAGCAACUGACAUUGAUGAUGCCUUUCGGCAGCUAGCAGCAUCGAUGCAGGAAGCAGAAGGUGCCGAAAAAGAGAAAGAAAAAUCUUUUGCUCUUGGUGCACAUUUGGCUAAAGACCUACCAGGCGAACCGAUAUCUAUUCAAGAACUCCACAAAAUGAGGCUUUCCGUCAUCGCAUGUCGUGCCUAUAUAUCGCUCGGUCUUGGUGACCAUGUCAAGUCGCUAGAUUAUGCGAGAGAGCUACUUUCCCAGUCGAUGCUGCCGGGGGCCUACAAAUACCUUGGACAUUUAUAUGCAGCCGAAUCGUUGAUAAAAUUAGACAGAAUUUCAGAAGCUAUCGCAGAAUUAUCACCGGAAAAGAUUACAGACAUCUCAACGUCUUUGGAGUCUAACCCAAUAGAUUCUAAAAAAGAGCAAAAGAAAGAAUUAUUCCCAAACAAUGUACAAGAGGCUCGUGCUGUGAUGUACAUCAAUCUGGCAUGCGCUUGCAGUCUCCGAAACGAGUUUGACAAAGCAAAGCGAAUGCUUCAACAGCUUGUGAAUUCAAGAAUUCCAGAUUUCAUUUCUACACAUGCGAUUUUGCUCUCAGCCUACAUAGAGCUGCAAACAGGAAACAUCGGUACUGCUUUGGAAGUUAUCAAACGCGGGGAAGUUUUACCUUCCGGUCGACUAGUGGACCGAAUCGAUGCUGCUCGGCAGACACAACUGCAGCAACAACAACAUCAACAACAUUUUUACCAAGGCCAGAUGAUGCAAGGGAGCCAGUACCAAACACAUCAAAUGCAACCCAUACAGCCACCACAACAGAUGUCGUCAUCGCAACAACGGCCUUUCGCUGCUUUGCAAGGCUACCCGACGUCUGGUCACAGAUCUCUUUUCGGUGAAGACUCUCUAGGGUCCUUGCAAAGACCAUUUUAACAUGUUUUUGCAUGUCACACGCUUAGUUUUGUAUAGAGCUUGACUCAUUUGCAAAAUAGAUGUUAUUGAUACAAAAAAACUA